CCCAUUACAAAUAAGAUCAUUUUCACCUGAUUAUGUCUAUGCAUGCUUUUCAUGGUUCGCCAUAAGCACCUGAUUAUGUCUAUGGAUACUUUUCAUGGUUCGGUUUCGAUCAAGUUUGUGGCAACCGAUCAAUCUUAUUUUGAAGGAGGGAUAACCAUUCUUGGUGCCAUGUACUGGCGGUUACGGCUAUUACAUGCGAAGAAUUCUUUUUCUUUACCCAUAAAGUAGAACAAGAAAAGGCCGUGGUUUUUAUUUAUCAGCUGCACUUUUCUCUUAACAGAAUCCUCUACAAGUAGGUCCUUAAUAGUUCAUUUUCUAGCUGGUGCUAAAGCUAGUAGCAUUUUGCCUAUUUGUGUCAGUAACAGAAUUCUCCAGCCCCGUUUCUAACAGCAUUCCUGUAAUUUAUGUUGUAUUUCCAAUUUCCCAUCCUUUGACUCCACAAAAAAAUACUGAAAUCAUGCAGACAACACCUUUCCUUCUGCAAUCAGUUUAGAAGGUAUCCAUUCAAAGUCCAAAUAGGCAGAAAGUAUGUUUUCCACUAGAAGUAACGCGAAGGAAAGAAUUAUGUAGGUUGGAGUUGCUCAAUAGUGCAACUUAAAAAUUUCUAGUGAACAAUAAAAAGUCCAGGAAAUACAAAGUACGCAUUUACAAUUUGAAAGUAGAGUGUUUUUAGUUCAAUGAGAACAUGUUAUACAAACAAUUUCUCUUUAGUUGUCUGACCAAGCUAAAAUAAUUGGGUGAACAAGAUAUGUUAGUCUUCACACCUAAAGACUCUUGCAUUUGUGCAUGGAUUAGGGAAACAUCCAAUGGAGUUUUGCAAUUGAUUGUCCAGAUUAUGUUAGAAGGAAUAGUUCAGUUUGAUUUACUUGACAAAUUGCAACAUGACGAAAUUUAUAGUUGUCCGGUGCAUUUAAACGCCAAAGACUACUUCAUCAUGAAAUGUUAUAGAUUGCUUAGUGCUGAUAGAACAGAAUGUUCUAUACAGGGUUGUGAUGGUUCAGUGCUUCUUGAUGAUACUCCAAAUUUCAAAGGCGAGAAGAAUGCUUUGCCGAACCGAAAUUCAGCUCGAGGAUUUGAGGUCAUUGAGAGCAUUAAAGCAGAUGUUGAAAGAGCUUGCCCGUCAAUUGUAUCAUGUGCUGACAUAUUAGCUCUUGCAGCUAGAGAAGCUGUCAUUCUGUCAGAAGGGCCUUUCUGGCCUGUUUCCUUGGGUCGCAGAGAUGCAUUAACAGCAAGUACGAAAGCAGCAAAUGAGCAGCUACCAACGCCUUUUGAGUCUCUAGAUAACAUUGUUACAAAGUUUGCAUCAAAUGGUCUCGACUUAAGAGAUGUGGUAGUUCUCUCCGGAGCACAUACUCUUGGUUAUGCUCAAUGUUUCACAUUCAAGAGGAGACUGUUUGACUUCAAAGGGUCCGGUAAGCCUGAUCCCCUAUUGGAUGCUUCAAUGGUUGCAUCCCUGCAAGGCACUUGUCCAAAUGUAGACGAAUCAAAUAGCAAGCUAGCUCCUCUGGAUGUCCAGACGGUUUACAAAUUCGAUAAUGCAUAUUACAAAAACCUGAUGACCAACACGGGGCUUCUGGAAUCUGAUCAAGCAUUAAUGGGGAAUCCAAAAACAGCAGAGAUGGUUAACUUUUAUAGCACGUACCCCUAUCUUUACUCGAGAGAUUUUGCAGCAUCCAUGGUGAAGCUUGGAAAUAUUGGGGUGCUCACGGGCCAAGACGGACAAAUCCGCAAGAAAUGUGGUUCUGUAAACUACUACUACUAAAAGAUUAUGCUAGAGGCCUGGAAUGAAAAGGGCAAGUAGGUCUGCUUGUAUUGAAACUUAUUACUACUUUAAAGCUCUAGUUGUGGAUGGCUGCAACAAUAAGUAUUAUGUUCUUAACGACAGGAUAGAAUAUUAGUGGCUUGUUUCCAUAGAUAUCUAUGAUGUAACAUUAACUUAACCCCUAAGAAGCAUUAAAAGCGGCAAUCAACAUAAUUACCUUUUUCUUUCC